AUGUUGUCGCCACUGGCAACCGGCCGUCCAGCCGAUGCCGACGAGGCAGAGGAUAACUGGCGCAUUCUGAUUGGACGGCAGCCGGGAAGCAGGAGACAAGAGACAACCAAUCAUUGUCGUCCUUUGCAGGGCACGGCUACCCUGUCCCCCCCCCGCACACGAACAAUUCAGUCGGCCGGACUGUCUAAAGGUGAUUUAAUGACGGGUCUCCUUUUUGCUGUAUUCUGUUGGUUUCAUCCGUUUUUUUGUGUUCAACGAGACUUGUUUGUACCACAUUUCGUGGAAUGUGCUGAAGGAGUGGCAGGUCAAUUUGGCCACAAUCACACGAGGAGGCUCCAUUUCACAGAGCCUCGCUACGCAAAGUGUAAUCUCGCGCAGACUUGA